AUGGAUAAGAUACAUUCGCACCAUUGCUCGCUUGAGGAUAAGGAGUAUGUCCUCGAUGAAAAGCUUGAGAAGAUCAACCCCGAAAUCGCUACUCCGGCUGAAAUCACCGCUUUUGAGACUCAUGAGCGAGAUGCAACGAAGGUACAUUGCAUCAUGAUUGCCACCAUGAACUCCGAAUUCCAAAAGUCCUACGAGGACAUGUAUCCAUACGAGAUGCAUCAAGACUUGUUGGAGAGAUACCACCAAAACGCGAGACAAGAGCGUUAUGAGAUUUUCACUAACAUGAUCUCCGCUAAGAUGGGUCAUGGAGAAUCUCUUACCGUGCACCUGCAAAAGAUGCAAAGGAUGACCUACCACAUGAACAAAGAGGAGGUCACCCUAAGCAAACUCCAAGGUCUUUUGAGAGUCGCUGAGAGCAACUUCAAAGACAAGUCUGUUGCACCUACUCCCAAUCCGUCUGCUGCUCCUGUCUUGGCAAUUGGUCAAGGAAAGGGAAAGAAGAGGAAGGCUUCAUCAAAGAACUAUCGCAAGGUUAAAGCCCGAGAUGGUGCCUCUUCUAGUGGGACCAAAGUUGAUCCCUCUAAGCCCUAUCCUAACCCGAAGGAGGCAGAGUGCCACCACUGCCACAAGAUAGGACAUUGGAAGAGAAGCUGCCCAGAAUACCUGCAAGCAAUCAAAGAAGGAAAGAUCAAGCCAUCUUUCGCAGGGACUAAGAAGAAGUAGGGGUGUGGAGCAAGGAAUGAUCAAUCUAAUCAUGGGGAACAGAAGAUCGUCGCCUGUUACCAAGAUUGGAGUGUAUUCUUUAGUGCUUAGGAAUAAUUUGUGUUUAGAUUUGAACAAUUGUUGCUAUUCGCCAGAAAUGGCUAGAAACAUCAUUUCAUUUCAUGGUUUAUAUAGACAAGGAUUUAGAUUUUCUUUUAAUAGAACCAUUCUCAUUAU